AUGAAAAAUCUACUCUUAACGUUUCUUUUAAUUAUUGUUUCUGUAAAUUACUUGGCUUAUGUUGAAUCUGCCUCUAUAAAUCGUUCGCCUGAAAAACUAGAGGUUUCUGUUGAGGUGCAAGCCAAUAGUUCAACAACGACCAUAAAGCCCAUUAGUACAAAUUCUUCUCAAGCAGCUGAUAAAGGUGAUCAUUAUCUUAGUAAAAACAAAACAUUGGAAGGAAGGACUUCAACUUGGAACAGAUUUAUUACGCUAAUUAUUGAAAAUGUAAAUAUAGGAAAUAAUUGGCAGGACUUGUUGUCAAAAAAAGCAAGUGAGUAUUCAGAAUACAAUAACCCUCAGUACGUUUUAUGUAGUGACCACUUUGAACAUGAAAAGUUGUCAGAAAAAUACUUUCGUCUUGAAUCAAACGUUCCAGUCCAUUUUCCAACAGAGGUAAAGGAUAUACGUAUAGUAUCAAGUAUUAGGAAAACCCCAAAUUUGAAUAUGACCGAAACUCUUAAAUUGUCCAACUUCCCUAGACCGAAACAUUUCAGGAAAAGUUUGGUUUUAUUAACACCAGAGCCAUACCAGAGAUUAAUGACUUAUGCAAUUGAACAAUGUAUGAUUCCAUCAACUUGGUAUUUAGAAUUAAUUCAUUGUAUGUAUGUUGGUAUGGCACCAAAGUUUUCUGGGAUGAUCUUUAGCUAUUCAUUACAAGAUGUGGUUGGUUCUGCAUUGAUGAGUAUUAGCUAUAAGGAUGAACGCUUUAAUCUGGAAAAUUGUUUUAAUGCAAUAUCAUUAGUAGUUGAUGAUUACAUUUCUCCAUAUUAUAUGGAUAUUUGUAAUAAUGUACUAGCGUGUCUGGAAUCUAAGCAAUUUGAAAAACAAUUUUCCAAACAGAAGAAGGAAUUUGAAAAACGAGUAGAAGAUGCAUAUAAACACAUUCCUGUAAAACAAAAGUUUUUAACACCAAUGCAGUUUUAUAGGUAUGCGUUUUUGCUUUCAAUGUCACUUGUAAAAGAUAAAAGUAUUGAUUUAAAAAUUUACUCUGAAAGGAAUUUUCUGCCAGUUAGAAUAGCGUUGGCGAGUUUAGCAUACUAUGCAAUAUCUGAUACUCUGGGUUGGGCAUUUGAGUCAGAAAAAAAAGUUUCCGUAUUUUUUACUAAGAUAAUUAUGAAAAUGAUUUUUGAAAUAUCGUUGAUUUCAAUUCCAGGGUGUAUAAAAAGACUAUCUAAAUUUUCUAAUGAUAUCACAGUUGAAAGAUCGAUUAUUUUUGAGUUAUUUUGUAAAGAGAUUUUCUCUGCAGGUUUUAUUGUUGAAGCUACAAACGAAUUGCCUAUUGACAAAAAAUUACAUUCAAAAGCUAUUAUGCCUCAAAGAAUAUUAGACAGUUCAUACCAUUUAUUUGUACCUGAUAUGACAAGUGAUUUACACUAUAGUGGUUAUGACCAUUCUUGGGUUUACGCACAAAUUGAAUUUAAUUCACCUAGCUUGGUAAGACAAAAUAAAGUACAAAAAGCAUACAAAUCUAAAAAGUUAAAAAGAACGGUCAAAACAGACCACUUUAAAGAUGGAUUUGGACCUCAAUCGGGGGAAUUUUCUAUUAAAAAGGUUAAUACGGGAAGAAGGACUAGAAUCGGAUACCUUAUUAAUUUUAACUUAAAAAAUAUAUUUAUUGAUGGCACGAACACAUCAAUAAUGAGGUACGAAACAACACAAUUUUUCUCAAUAUGCUUGAUUGUUAUUUUUAUAACUAUUAAUUUAAUUCAAGGAUCUAAAUUAACUGGCUAUAAAUUAGAGCCUGGAAUUGAAGCCGACAAUGGUUGGCAAAAAAUGAUCUUAGAGGUAAACUCUGCUUACAAAAAUUCUUCAGGAAAUUCACUCAUAGAACCGACGACUACUUUCAUUAAUGAUUACACAAAUUUUAAAGAAUCUUUUAUUUCUUUUAAUAGAGAUGUAUGCAUCGAAAUUCCGGAUGUAAUUAGCUCUUCCAAACCUGAAUUCAAUUAUCCAAUACAUAUUCCAUUAGAAAGAAAAUCUGUUUCGAGUUUCAUCCGAAGAAGAAUUUCAAUAAAUCUAAGUAGCCCGAAUUAUAACUCGAAUAUUCAGUAUCCAAGAGUCAAGCAUUUCAAGUACUUAUUACCUGAAUUGGUAAUAGAGCCCUACCAACGAUUAAUGAGUUUUGCAAUAGAAGUAUGCAUGAUUCCAUCUAUUUGGUAUAUAGAGAUCAUUCACUGUAUGCAUAUGGGUAUGGCUCCAUUUUUUACAGGCGCACUCAUGAGCUAUAAUUUACAAGAUAUUAUAGGUGCAUCAAUCAUGUCAAUGGGAUAUAAGGAUGAAAAAUUUUCAAUUGAUAACUGCAAGAAUUCGGUGUCUAUUGUUGCGGAUGAUCAAAUAUCUCCUUACUAUGAAGAAAUAUGCAAAAAAGUUGAGUCUUGCAUAAUAUCAAGACCAUUUAAUAAUGGGCCUUUUUCAAGGUUAAAAACUGAACUUCAAGAAAGAAUCAAUAGAUCAUAUAGAUUAAUUAAGCCAAUUGAUGGAUUUUUGGACCCUAAAUCCUUUGCAAGAUUUGCAAUAUUAACAACUAUCUCAAUCAUUCCUAAUAAUAAAUUUUUAUCUAGGGUUUCUUCCGAAAAAAAUUUCUUGGUAAUUAGGUCAAUGCUUUCUUCUAUUGGAUAUUAUGCUCUUUCAAGUAUUGCUGGACUAAAAUUCAUAUCGGAGUUUUCUGUCGCAAAAUUUUUUUCAAAAAUGAUACCAGAAUGGCUAUCUAUGACGAUACCUAAAUUUCAGAAAAACUGCAUAAGUCAACUAGCUUUCUUUUCAAAAGCAAAUGCUCAAUCAUAUGAAUUGUUUAAAUACUUUUGCCAAGAAGUAUUUUCCUCGGGGUUUAUUUAUGAAAAUAAUAAACUUUACAUUAAAUUAGAGAAAAUGGAUUCAGUUUAUCCCCAGAGGGUAUUACACGCUCAUUAUCCUUAUUUUAUUCCAAGUAUGGCUAAAAGAAAGCUUUACACAGAAUAUGAUAAUUCAUGGGCGGCUGCAUCAACAACUGAAUCAUUUAAGAUACCUUCUAUAAUGGAAAAGCCUAAUGAAGGAUUUUCAAAGAUAUAUUUCACAAAACAAUACAGAAAAACUAGAAGGAAAGCCAUCAACGGGCAGGGGAUUGGACCUUUGGAGAAUAAAUAUAAGAAACGUACAACUAAAUAUAAAAUCAAAAGCAGGUUAACUAAGGUUUUAUGCUCUAAGAAGACAAAAAACCAUAUUGAUAUAAUGAACCAUGUUAAAAAAUGA